AUGGUCCCGUCCCUGGCGCUCCUGCUGGCUGCCCUCGCCCUGGGGACCGCGGCCCCCCUGCCAAACAGGCACAACCGCAGCAAGCUGCUCCUGGUUUCCUUCGACGGCUUCCGGUGGAACUACGACCAGGACGUGGACACCCCGCACCUGGACACCAUGGUGCAGGAGGGCGUGAAGGCGCGCUACAUGACGCCCGCCUUUGCCACCAUGACCAGCCCCUGCCACUUCACGCUGCUGACUGGGAAGUACAUCGAGAGCCACGGGGUGAUCCACAACAUGUGGUUCAACACCACCUCCGGGCAGAAGCUGCCCUACUACAACACGCAGGGCGUCUCGGCGUGGUGGGACACCGGCAGCCUGCCCAUCUGGAUCACAGCACAGAGGCAGGGCUUGAGGACAGGCUCCCUCUUCUUCCCGGGGGGCAACGCCACGUACCAGGGGGAGCAGGUGAGCGUGAAGAAGGUGGAGGGCCUCUGGCACAAGUACAACAACGAAACCGAGUGGAGGCAGAACAUCGACACCGUCAUGAGGUGGUUCACAGAGGAAAACCUCGACUUCGUCACGCUCUACUUCGGGGAGCCCGACUCCACGGGGCACAAGCACGGCCCCGAAUCCCAGCAGCGCAAAGACAUGGUCAGCCAGGUGGACCGAACCGUCGGGUACCUACGGCAGCGCAUCUGGGAGAGCGGCCUGGAGCCGAGGCUCAACCUCAUCAUCACCUCGGACCACGGCAUGGAGACGGUUAUAAAGCAGGACGAAAUAUUCCUCGGGACUAUGUCUAACUUCUCCUUCAAGGAUAUCCAGUUUGAGCUCCUAGAUUACGGCCCCAACGGGCUGCUGGUGCCGAAAGAAGGAAAGCUGGAGCAGGUGUACCAGGCCCUGAGGAACGCGCACCCCCGGCUGCACGUCUUCAAGAAGGAGGAGUUCCCCAGGAGGCUCCACUACGCCGACAACCCCAGGAUCACCCCCCUGCUGAUGUACAGCGACCCGGGAUACGUGAUCCACGGGAGAAUCAAAGUGCAGUUUAACAAAGGGGAGCACGGCUUCGACAACAACGCCACGAACAUGAAAACCAUCUUCCGGGCGGUGGGACCGGCCUUCAAAGCGGGGCUGCAGACAGAGCCGUUCGAGAGCGUGAACGUCUACCCACUCCUGUGCGAGCUGCUGGGCAUCGUGCCGGAGCCGCACAACGGGUCCCUGCACGUCAUGAUGCCCAUGCUGAGAAACGCCCCAAGUGAGUAGCUCCCCUCUCCUGCUGCACGGUGCUCGGGGUGCCAGGAGCUUGGCACAGGGACCAGGGGCUGCUCCCCGCCC